AUGGUGUCAGAAGAAUUCUUAAAUAUAUUUCGUCGAAUAGUGGCAAUACUUUGUUGUAUAUUUGGAUUACCAGGAAAUAUUUUAACAAUAAUUGUUUGUAUAAAAGCACUUUAUAUUCGAACAAAUCAUUUUCAACGAAAAGUAUUUCAUUUAUAUCUCGUUGAAAUAUCUAUAUUAGACACAUGUCUAUUACUCUAUUGGAUUAUUGAAACAUUAUUAAAUUAUCUUCAUGAGAUAAAACGAAUUGAAUUUUUAUCUUUAAUGCAUAUAUCACCAUUUUCAUGUUAUUUUUAUUAUAUGUUCAAUCGUAUAUGUGCUGCACUUUGUUCUUGGCUUUUAACAUGUUUUACAUUUAUACGUUUUAUUAAUAUAUUUCAUCAAUUUAAUACAAUUAAAUCGAAUAUUAUACUUUUAACAUCACUUAUUAUUAUAUUUUCAUUAGCAAAUAGUUACUCAUUUCUUGUAUUAGAAUAUAAUCCGGAACAAAAAUUUAAUAAAACACAAAAAAAUAAUGCAACUACUAUUGAUUAUACAACAAUAUGUAGUAUACGUUCAGAAUAUGCUAAUGAUAAUUUAACAUUAUUAAUGAAUAUACUUAUUGCUGGUGUUUUAAGUUUAGCUAUACCAUCAAUAUUAAUUUUAAUUGUUAAUGUAACUAUUGUAUGUUUUAUACGACGUAUUUAUUCAACACAAGCUGAUGAUAAAGUUAAACGUCGUUCGGAUAUAACAAAUUAUCAUUCAACACGUUCAACAUUACUUGUUAUAUCAAUGACAUAUGUAUUAUUUUAUAUACCAUAUUUAAUUUUUAAUUUUCUUAUGAUUGUAUCAGAAGAUCCCAAUGGAAUAGUACAUUAUUGGGCAGAAAUAACAUCUAUAUUUCGUCAUGUUAGUCAUUCAGUUAAUUUCUAUGCAUAUCUAUUUACAAGUCUGACAUUUCGUCAGGAAAGUUUAUUUUUUUUACGUUAUUUAUUUCGACCAUGUAUUUAUUUCAAAAAACGACAACAAUUUAAACAACGAAUUAAACGAUCACAACUUAUUAUUAUAGAUAAAAGCCCAUUACCAUUACCGCCUGUACCAUUACAUAGUUCAUUAAAUGGAAAAUCUCCUCAACAAGUCUAUAUUCGACGUGUAGAUCAAAUUAAUUAUAAUCAAGACGAACAAAACUUAAUUGGAAGAAAUAAUGAAACUUGGAUGUAG